AUGUAUGAUGGUGCAAAAUGCAUUAACACAGUCAAUACCGAUCGAAGAAAAUUGAACUGUCGUGUCUUCAUAGAAGCUCUUUUUCUUCCUUUUCUUCUUUUUAUUUUCAUUUUUCCUCCUUCCUUUUUUUCAUUCCUCCUUUUUAAUGUUUCCUUUCCUUACAUUCUCAGACAUUUUAUUUUAGCGGUUCUUUUUGUAAAUCUUUCUUUAUUUCUUCCAUUUCAUCUUUUGAAAUUAAUUCUUCAAUUUUACUUUCUAUUUUCCUUAUACUUCUCCCUUGCUCUUUUUUCUUCUCAUAGUUUUUCUUUCAUUUAUUCACCUUUUGCUUCUUUCUUCGAUUUCAUUCUUUUUGUUCAGUUUUUCUUUCUUUUCUUUAACUUCUAUUCUUUCUUAUACAUUGUAAAAAUAUGUCUUUUUUAUCCAUUUCAUUUUUUCUUCUUUUCAUUCUUUCUCUUUCAUUUCAUUUUUGUUCGUAUAUUUCUUUCGUUUCAUAUUUUUCAUUCGCUUUCUUUUCUUACUUUCUAUUUAUUUAUUUCUUUCCUCUUUUUUUCUUGUUUAUCUUUUCUUUCUUACUUUUGCCUUUUUUAUGUUUAUUCUUUUUGGAUCUGUAAACCUUUGUAUUCUAUUAUUUUCUUCUUCAUUCAAUAUUCAAUUCCUUCAUUUUACGUUUUUAGUUUUCUUCUUUGUUCCCCUUCAACAUUCAUUUCUUCUUUUCUUUUUCCUUUCUCUUUUUCUGUUUCUUUUUUCCUUUCUCAUUUUCUGUUUCUUUUUUCCUUUCUCUUUUUCUGUUUCUUUUUUUCCUUUCUCUUUUUUCCUUUCUUUUUUCUCCUUUCUCUUUUUCUGUUUCUUUUUUCCUUUCUCAUUUUCUGUUUCUUUUUUCCUUUCUCUUUUUCUGUUUCUUUUUUCCUUUCUUUUUUUCCUUUCUCAUUUUCUGUUUCUUUUUCCUUUUUCUGUUUCUUUUUUUCCUUUCUCUUUUUCUGUUUCUUUUUUUUCCUUUCUCUUUUUCUGUUUCUUUUUUUCUUUCUUUUUUUCUGUUUCUUUUUUCCUUUCUCUUUUAUUCCAUUUUUAUUCUUCGUUUUCCUUCUUAUUUUCAGUCUUUCAUCUUUUCUUUGUUCCAUAUUCUAUGUAAUAAUCGACAUUUUCCAAUCGUUCUUCUUUUCCUUUCCUUUUAUCCUAUCUUUUUAUUCCAUCUCUUAA